AUCCAACACUAAGGUCAGUAGUGAACUUAAGUUCUUUCGGUUACCUUUAGUAAUUGUGAUCAAUUGUUUUCCUGUAAAUCAACCUUAUAUUUCCAAAUUUAUCAGAGGGAUAGAAAUAGUAUUGACUUUGAAUUUAAUAAUGUUGUUGAAUUUCUCUUAUAGAAUAUUAGAACAGUGCUGAGAGUUUUUUACAAAUGGUCAAAUGGUCUUGGGAUCUAGAGCUUGUUGACUGUGCUUGGUUGCCUGUAGGCUGCAGUUGAUCAUUCAUGUUUGUACUAUAACAUGUAGAGGCAUGCAAUUUCUUGAAAAGUAUGGCAACUGGCAAUUGAAGUUUUACUUGUCAUAGAACUGUUUCAGAUGCUGCUUACUGCUCAGGAACCAAACUCCUUCGUAUGCAAAUAUGUUUAAAAAAUGUUAAUGACAUACUACAGUAGAGUUUAUGUCGCGGUUUAAUCAGUAAAUAACGAGCUUAGCGUUGUUCCAUCAUCCCUCAGCAACCUAAAGACAGCUUGAAUCGUUGGACCUCCCACAAAACAUGUUAUCAGGUGUCUUCUCUCAACAAGUAGCUGGACAGCUGAAUUUCUUCGAACUCCUCAUUGUAUCUUAUACCUCUUCAUUGCGUGCUUGUUGCCCAAAUUAUUUCAUUGAUCACGCAAGCCAAUCACAAGCAAUGGAACAAAUCCACCAUCGGCAACCCAUUACCUACAUUGUUCAUUGUUUCCACCAAGACCGGUGCUCAUCACAGAUGAUAGUUCUGUGCAGACUACGCGACAUUUCAGUGACUAGAAGCAAAUGAUCUAUAUUGAAGUCAAGUCAAGUAGACCUAGUAAGUGGUAUCAUGUCAUGAUCAGGUUCAUGUAAAUUACUAUUGUCCAGACUCCGUUGACUGGAGCUUCAAAGUUGGUCCACAAAUUCUCCCAGUCUGGGAACCAUGCCAAGGUAUGUAGACUGGUAACAUGCAAAUUUUUGAACUGUUUGUCGGGAAAUAUUAUUUUCCAAGCCCGAAACAGACCGUGUGAUAUAUCAGCGAUAAUAUCACACUAAUACUUUUAUUCACAAAAAUAAAAUUUUAAAAACAAGAUUUUUGAAUACGUGACCAAAUUAUUAAAAGUACAUGUAAAAAAGUAAAACAUGUAAAAAAGUAAAGAGACUAUAAUUCAAAACAAUAAUAAACCCAAAAUUUCUCAGUACAGGAGUUUCCUUGAUUGAUAUUUCUUGUGGGCUAGAGGAGACUAAAGACUCACAUUGUGUGUAUAAAUACUGGUACAUAUUGUUGCCAGUAAGACAUAGGAGUUCACACAGAGCUAUUUGAUCAUUUGCCAUGGCAGCCUCACAUAGCUCUAAACUCUUACUUUUCUUGUUUCUGCUAUACUCUCUUCAUCUUAUUACUGUCACUACUACUAUGUUGUGCCACGACCACGAGAAAUCCGCUCUUUUACAUUUUAAACAGAGCCUUCCUGCUUCUCCUAGUUCAUCUGCUUACUCCAAGACUGCAUCUUGGAAGGCUAGCGGAAAUAGUAGCAGGGAUUGCUGCUCGUGGGACGGAGUCGAGUGUGAUGAUGCUACUGGUUACGUUAUUGGUCUUGACCUUAGUAGCAGUCUGAUGCAAGCAACUCUUCACUCCAACAGCACCCUGUUUAGCCUUGUUCACCUUCAGAACCUAAACCUUGCAGAAAAUAACUUCAUGAAGUCUUCAAUCCCACCCGAGAUCUCCCGUCUUUCAAGAUUGUCAUUUAUAAACCUCUCAGAUUCUUCAUUUUCCGGCCAAAUCCCACACGAGUUGUCAGGAAUGUCAAAAUUAGCUUCCCUUGAUCUGUCUUACAACUAUUUGUAUGGAGACUUUCCGAUUGCCAUUUUCAAUCUACCGGGCCUGCUUGUUCUUAAUGUGAGUGGCAACCAAAAUCUCAGUGGUUACCUACCAGAGUUCAACAAAACAAGCUCCUUCAGGGAACUGGAUAUUGCUUUCACGGAAUUCUCUGGUACCAUACCGUCCUCAAUCGGAAAUCUGAAGUCAUUGAAUUGGUUACGACUCAGAAAUUGCUACUUUUCUGGAUCAAUUCCGGCCUCAAUUGGUAACAUGACCCAACUUACUGCUCUAUCACUUGCAAACAACAUGUUUAUUAAGUCAGAUGAUCUCUCUUGGCUUCAGAAGCUAACUAAACUCUCUAUGUUAAACCUUCAGGAUACUAAUCUAUAUGGUGACCUCCCACCAUCUUUUGCAAACCUCACCCAACUUACCUUUCUUUCACUUAGAAAUAAUUCGUUUGUUGGUGAAAUCCCAUUGUCGCUGAUGAACAUGACCCAAUUAAUUCAUUUAGAUUUGAGUCUUAAUGAACUAACAGGUCAGAUUCCUCGCUCAUUUUCUCAACUCAAUAAACUGGAAUAUCUAUCUCUUUCAGAUAAUAACUUCACUGGGACAGUAGAGGCUGACAGUUUUUUGAGUUCAAGAAACCUUUCCUUUCUCAAUCUAUCCGGGUGCAAAAUAACGUCAAAUUCCCUCCAUCACUCUAACUUCAGUCUUCCAAAGCUUGAAGCUUUAGAUUUGAGUCUCUGCAACUUAACAGAGUUUCCAUACUUUCUGCAGUUUGCGAGUAACUUAAUGGCACUUGUAUUGCGCGGUAAUAAUAUUCACGGUCAUAUACCACACUGGAUCUGGAAUGCAAGUAAUAAUUUGGAGUUGAUCGACCUUAGUGCUAACUUCCUAACAACCUUUGAAUGGAAUCCAGUAUCCAUCCAAAGCAAGAGUUUAAAAUACAUAAACAUCGCCAAUAAUAUGCUCCAAGGGAAUCUCCCAAUUCCUCCAUCAAAUACAUAUUUCUACUUGAUGGAUGGCAACAGAAUAACGGGGGAGAUUUCACCCAUGAUAUGUGGUGUCAUGUCUCUGACAGUACUAGGUUUGUCAAAUAACAACUUGGGCGGGCUGAUUCCGCAAUGCCUCGCCGAUUCUUUGGAAACCCUUUUUCUCCAACAGAACAACUUUUCAGGUAAAAUUCCUCAAACAUACCCAAAAGAAUGCAACCUCAAGGUGAUGGACUUGAGUCAAAACCAGUUUACAGGGGAAGUUCCAGAAUCGUUGUCAAAUUGUAAAAUGCUACAGGUUUUGGAUUUAUCAAAUAAUCAGAUGAAACAAACUUUCCCCGCUUGGUUGGGGACUCUUCCACGCUUACAGGUUCUUCUUCUGCAUUUCAACAUGUUUCAUGGUGAGAUUGGUAGUCCAAGGAGUCCUUCAGAGUUCCCAUCGCUGUGCAUUAUUAAUCUCUCACAUAACGCUUUCACCGGUGCUUUUCCUGUGAAUUAUAUCCAGAUUUGGGAUGUAAUGAAAGUUGUUCGUACAGGCAUCGAAUUAUAUGUUGAGGCAAAAUUUGAUAUUUCGUUUACUCAGGGCAAAUACACGUACCAUUACCUUUAUUACAGCCCGAUGAUUCUUACCUACAAAGGUGCAAAGAGGGAGUACAACAAGAUUCCAAAUAUUUUCACUGCAAUUGACCUUUCAAGUAACAAGUUCACAGGAAAGGUUCCCGAAUCUCUUGGAAGUCUAAAGGCUCUUCAGUUGCUCGACCUUUCAAACAAUGAUUUUACGGGUCCAAUUCCUCCAUCACUCGGGAACCUAACUCAGCUUGAAUCUUUGGACCUUUCACAUAACAAGCUCUCAGGAGUCAUUCCUCAACAGUUAGCAGCACAGCUCAACUUUCUCUCUUUCUUCAAUGUGUCUCACAACCAUCUAACUGGUCCCAUACCAAAAGGCCCGCAGUUCAGUACUUUUGACUACAAUUCUUACAUCGGAAACUCGGGACUAUGUGGAUUCCCAGUAUCUAAGAAUUGUGGAGCACUGCAGUCACCACCUGAUGACAGCGAGGAUGGUUCUGAGGAAGAUAAGUUUCCUAGUGGAUUUGAUUGGUUAUUCAUAUUACUGGGACUUGGAAGUGGGCUUGUUGUUGGCUUUGUUAUAGGAGACAUUUCAAUGGAUAGACACCCCUGGCUGAUUCGUGGGAUUGUCCAGAAAUUCGGACUGACACAGAAGAAACCGAGGAUGCGUGGGAGGCAGAUCAUUCGGGCUUAAGAAACAGGAUUAUUCUGACAGACUUUCUUUGCCGGAGAAUUCCAAUGAGACAUUCCAGCAGCUUGCGGAAAUAAAUUUGAAGCAACUAGAAAUGAAGUUUG